AUGACGAGAAGUAGUCUUUUGCUGGUGAUGGCUGCCUUACAAGCACUGAAGAGAAAAAAGAGGUAUGAGAAACAGUUGAGUCAAAUCGAUGGAACACUCUCAACCAUUGAGUUCCAGAGAGAAGCACUGGAAAAUUCCCAUACCAACACAGAAGUGCUCAAGAACAUGGGUUAUGCUGCACAAGCUAUGAAAAAAGUGCAUGCAAAUAUAGACGUAAAUAAAAUUGAUGAUUUGAUGCAAGAUAUCACUGAACAGCAAGAUAUUGCCCAGGAAAUUUCAGAAGCCAUCUCAAACCGAGCUGGGUUUGCUGAUGAGUUUGAUGAGGAUGAGCUGCUGGCAGAGCUAGAAGAACUGGAGCAAGAAGAGCUGAAUAAGCGGAUGGCAGACGUGCGGCUGCCGAGCGCUCCGUCCAGCUCGCUGCCCGCGCGCCCCGCAUCAACCAGGAAGAGAGCAGAAGAUGAAGAUGAUAUGAAGCAGCUGGCUGCCUGGGCUUCCUAA